CAAAGUCAUAACAGCAGUUUAGUAGCAACGGAUAAAGGCGUCCUAUAGAUUCAAAACAGGACCUGGAACACGAGCUAUUUCCCUAUCAGAAGCAAAUUUGUAAGAGGCUUAUGUUGGAUAUAAUGUUCCAUCAAGGGCUACUGUUACUUUGUGUAAGUGUUGCGGUAAUUGGUCAAGACUUGACAGAAAAGUCGGCCGCCUAUUGGGAACAGGUUAGCGAGGCAGAACUACUUGAAACACUUCAAUACCAGAAGCUGAAUAUCAAAAAAGCAAAGAAUGUCAUUAUAUUUAUUGGUGAUGGAAUGGGCGUUACAACAGUAACGGCGGGACGAAUCCUUAAAGGACAGAACUCUGGUGCUUCGGGCGAAGAGACGAAACUCGCUAUGGAUAAAUUGCCGUACACUGGAGUUUCAAGGACGUACUCCGUGAACAGACAAGUAUCAGACUCUGCCAGUACAGCAACUGCUUUUCUAACAGGCGUCAAAACAAAUGAUUAUGUUCUCGGCUUAAACGGUAACUCAGUCAAAGGCAUUUGUGCUGGGAGCAUAAAUGAGAGCAAUCUUCUAACGUCUGUAUUACUUGAAGCUAAAAUGGCAGGUAUGUCUGCUGGCAUCGUAACUACGACAACAAUAAACCAUGCCACGCCUGCUGCUGCGUAUGCUAAUUCACCAGACCGAUUAUGGUACAGCGACGCUGAAAUGACUGCAGAAGCAAAAGAAAAUGGGUGCAAAGACAUUGCUCAACAGUUUAUUGAUAAAAGCGACCAAUUUACGGUUGUACUUGGUGGCGGACGGCAAUACUUUAAACCGAACACAACAUUUGACGUCGAAUAUACAGACAGAGCUAACUUAAGAUUAGAUGGACAAGACUUAAUCGAGGUUUGGAAAGCAAAGCAAAGCGACCGGAAUUCAGCAUACGUUUGGAACAAAGAACAGUUUGAUCAAGUUGAUGUUGCGAAGACAGAUUCUCUGCUAGGUCUUUUUGAACCGUCACACAUGAACUAUGAAGCGCACCGGGCGCAAGACGGCGCUGGAGAGCCUUCUCUGAAAGAUAUGACCACAAAGGCUAUACGAAUGCUCAAAAAGAACGAUCAGGGUUUUAUUCUUUUAGUAGAGGGCGGAAAAAUUGACCACGGUCACCAUGCAGGAAAGGCUUAUCUUGCGCUCCAUGAUCUCGUAGCGCUUGAUGACGCAAUUGAAGCCGCAGUUGAGAUGACGUCAGAUGACGAAACAAUGAUCAUUGUGACGGCGGAUCACAGCCAUGUUUUUACUAUUGGUGGCUAUAGUCAUAGAGGGAAUCCUAUUUUCGGCGCCGCUCCAAACGUUAAUAAUCCAAAGCUCGUCGAUGAUGGCAAACCAUUCACCACACUUCUGUAUGGUAACGGUCCAGGACAUAGCACUUUGAAUGGUGCUGGCUCUUGUGAAAGGGAAAACAUUACGCUCAUUACGACAGACGACCCAGGUUAUAAACAACAAAGUGCUGUACCGUUACCAUCUGAAACUCACGGUGGAGAAGAUGUGGUUAUAAUGGCUCGUGGACCAAUGGCUCAUUUAUUUGAAGGAGUUCAUGAACAGUCUUACAUUGCACAUGUUAUAAGAUAUGCAACAUGUAUUGGUAAAAAAAGCAAAAAUUGCGCCGCACAACUCGAGCAGUCGACUGAUUUGAUUUUCGUCAGUUUUUUGGGAUUUAGACUAUCUUCUGGACAGGCUCAACUAGCGCUGUACAUUACAUUUGGCUUGCUGAUGGCCGCUUGCAUUAUUGCAAUAGCCGCCAACUUACAACUUUGCAGAAUGGCACGACAGAGCGCAAGAAAACACGAAGAUCCAAAAGUUUUGAAUGAAAAAGUCUGAAAAAGACAAUAAAAACGUAAACUUUCAAUCGUUUUUCGAGCGAAAAUGUACAUAUUUUGUAAAAUGCGGUGCUAUUUUAUGUUAAAUGUCUAAAUUGCUGUAAAGAAUGAGCGUUCUUUUUUAUCUGUAAGUUGUAGUGUGUUUGAAUGAAGAAUAAAAGUUUCAUUUUGUAUAAAA